CUGUUGCCGUAGUUGUUAUAAAACAUUUCUCGCCACAGUUAAAAGGGGAAGAGGAAGUAUAGUAUUGUCUUGAUUCAUUUGGUUUCUUUGCUUCUUUGGCUGCACUUCUUGAUCUUUCAUUGGCAUCAUUAGACUUAAUAUCAAGGUGGCGUGUAAGGUUUAGUGAGUGUUAAACACAACAGAGAUGAGGAGCUGAAGUGUUUUUACUUGUAGUCAGUGUCACGGAACGAGGGUUACAUACGUAACCGAGACGAUCUCCUUUAGCAUUUGUGGCCGGUGGAGACACAAACAGGAGGAAGUAUCGAGAUAUUGGACGUGUCAGAUAAACUUCUUUGCUGCAGACAAUAAAACAACUGAACACAGAAGAAGACGCUAAAGCAAGAAUGUUUGGUCUUUUCUUUGUAAUCUGUCUGCUUGUGAUCCCAGGAAUGUGUAGCCAAAACUGGACAGUGAAAUAUUUAAACAGAGUAAAAUGUGUCCUGAAGGGCUCAACUGCAAUUCUGUCCGGCAGUUUCACAUAUCCUGAUGGUCUCAAUAUAACCAAGAUAUUUUGGACCAUAGAUCCAGUAAAUGCUGAGGAUCUGUCUGAAGUACCAGAAUAUAAAGGCAGAUUUAAGUACAUUAUGGGUAAAAAUCAAAAUGUCUUUCUCAACCUGAGUAAUAUAACAGAUAAGGAUGAACAUGUGUACUACAUGAAAAUCAUGACAAAUGUGGAAAAACAAGAAUAUUUGGGUUAUCCUGGAAUUCAGCUCAAUGUGACAGGGCUCAGGGUUGAGAUUCAAAAUGAGGGAAAUUCUACAGUUUUAUUUUGUAAAACCACAUGCAACCUUGCAAGCAAAACAAACUUUACCUGGUACAAAAACAAAAGUCCUUUAUCAGAAUCAUUCAGUAAUAAACUGAUACUGCAGUCUGUGAGCAGAGAUGAUGAAGGAGACUACAGCUGUGCUGUGAGAGGAGAUGAACAUCUGAAAUCUCCAGCUGUCAGAUCUGGCAGUAAUACAGUUCUGCACGUAACUGCAGGAAUUGCGGCUGCGCUCAUCUGCAUCUGCAUUGUUGUUGUAACAAUGAGAAUUGUAAGGAGAAAGAUUGCAGAUACUGGAAUCAGAAGUGAACGAUCAAAACAGGAGAAUAUCAGCGUGGCAGCAACAGAUCAGAUAAGCUCGCGCGAUUCAAAAACAACCAAUGAUUUAAUGUACACCAGCAUUACUCCUCUAAGACCCAGCGGGGAUCAGAAUUAUGGAGAUGCUGAUGAGGUUCAGUACGCCAGUGUCAGUCACCACAAAAUCACACAAAAGAACAACAAAGAUGCUGAAGCUCAAUGUGGGAAUGAUAUCAACCAUCCUGAAAUUUCAUCCAGAUCUAACGGUGGACUCAUGGAAGAUUCAUCUGUCAUCUACAGUGGCAUCAAUGUCCCGUAAAGGAUUUCAGCAUGAGCUUUAAAUGAAUUAAAGCAAACUCCUAGCAGAACAUUUAGCUUAUAGAGGGGUGGUUUCCCUAGUCCCAGACUUAAAUGCAUGUUUGUCUGCCUUCAUUUAAAAACAUCUUGCACUGACAUAUUUUAAUUAGUGCCAUUGUUUUGUCUAUAAAGAUGCACACCAGUAAUGUUUUUUCUAAGGUUUGUUUGUAUAAUCUACUUAAAUGUCCUAAUAUAACUAAGGCCUCGUCCUGGAUUAAUCUAAACCCUGUCCCGGAAACUAACCCCUAAUGCAUUACUGUUUAUAUCCUACAAUUAAAUAAAUGAUCCAACUUUAAGUUUCAUGAUUAUUUAUUUUGCUAGGCCUCCUUAUAAGCAAGCAGGAUAGUGAAAAUAUAUUGUGACAAACCCUUACAAAUGCUUGCAGAGAAUGGUUUACCAAAUCUAAGUUACUGGGUUGAUCUUUUUCACAGAUUUGAUAGAAGCACUAGGGACCCAAUUAUAGCACCUAAACAUGGAAAAAGUCAGAUUUUCAUGAUAUGACCCCUUUAAUGUUUUGCCAUUAUUAAAGGGGACAUUGCAUGAAAAUGUUAGUAUUGCCACUUUGUAGGUUUGAGCAAAAAUGUGUCGUUUUGGGUGUGUUUUUUAAAAUGCAAAUGAGCGGAUGAAGUGCAAACACUGAUCACAAUGAUGGUGGUUUGUUGUAAUUCAAACUCAAUUGUGCUGUCAAGUCCUU